UUUCAGUUUCUUGGCCGACGUUCGCCGGUUCGGUUCGCUUCGAUCCGAUCCACUUCGAUAUAUAUAUAUAACCACACUAUAUAACCCACCAAAUACGAAUCGCAGUGUUUUUCGAUUUUUUUUAUUUCGCGCUCUGCAAACGUUUCGCGUGUUUUUGUUGCCGACACUGCCCUUUCUAUCCCGGUUUUCAACUGAAAUUUGCACGGUAUACGUGUGUAAAUAACACAGAGAAGCGCACAAGCCAGCAGAAACAACAAAAAACAGCACACAAAAUGUCGGAGCAACCGUCCAUCUGUCACAAGUGCAAUGAGGUCAUCCAACUGCGCAUCAUUACCGCUCUGGGCAAGACCUGGCAUCCGGAGCACUUCGUCUGCAAGGACUGCCAAUGUCCCAUCACCGAGGCCUCCUUCAACAUCAAUGAUGGUCAGCCCGUCUGCUCCGCCUGCUUCGUGUCGAACUACUCGGGCAUCUGUCACGGCUGCAAACGUCCCAUUCUGGAGCGCACCAUCAAGGCCAUGGGUGAGACGUGGCAUGAGGAAUGUUUCUUGUGCCGCGGACCCUGCAUGCAGCAAUUGGCGGGCUCCUCCUUCUACGAGCACGAUGGGCUUCCCUACUGCCGGACAGACUUCGAGCAUAUGUUCGCCGCCCGCUGCGGCAAUUGCAAAGCUCCCAUUACGGAGAACGCGAUCGUGGCCCUCGACGCCAAGUGGCAUCGGGAGUGCUUCAAGUGCAAGAAAUGCAAAACACCCAUCACGGCCAGUUCCUUUGUCGUGGAGGAUAACCAACCGUUGUGCAAGGCCUGCUCCGAUUAAAGAAUCCGGAACGCAACCAUUUCACAUCGCUAUCCAUGUAUAUUAUCUAUUCUUAUGGUAUUUGUAGUAAUCCAAUUUGUUGAUCCAAUCGCCGGGGAACGCAGCAACAGCAGCAAGGUCGUGGAUGUGAAAAUGGAAAAUUUGGGAAAUUUGGAAAAUUUGGAAAAUUCCGUUUUUAAAUUUUACAGGAACACGAGAAGUGCAUUCAAAUGGUGUGGAGCUGUUGGUGGGCGUAGAUGGAUUGUUAAUGCUUAAAUUAAUUACAUUUCUCUUUUGCUAUCUCACUCACUCACACGACCACGCCCACGCCCAGAGCCACGCCCACAACCACGCCACCCACUACGAUUCUCCACUUGCACAAAAAUAUCUGAUAAAUGGUAUAUAAAAAAAUAAUCUUUGAAUCAUUGUUGAUAUCUCUUACAAAUAAACAAAAUACAAAC